AUGUUACGUGAGUUUGCACUCGCUUUGAUUGUGAUGUUAUUGACUAUUGUUUGGAUUGGACUAUUACGUGAGGCCGUAGAAAGUUUCGACGUCUUUCAGCUUUACAGCCAACAAAAAGAAAUCGUUGUUAUUAUUUGUUACAAUUUACUUUCAAAAUUAUUUUGUAUCACAAGUGAUAAAUUGAAGUACGUAGUAAGUGUAAAAGAUGGAACUGAUGUAUACGUGAAUGCUACUUGCGCUGCUAUUCAAAAACGUGCUUUCUACCCUACACGACCACUUUCGAUUGCAGAACAAAACUUUCCAAUCAGUUUUAUUCGAAUUGUCUAUAAAGAUUUUCAUUUACAAGAACUGAUGCUUAAUUUAAUGUACGCACCACAAAACUUAUAUUGCUACGCACUUGACGUCAAAUCCACGCCAUUAUUUCAUGAGCAAAUGAAGAAUCUGUCAGCUUGUUUUCCAAACGUGUUUUUAACACAGCAAGAAUAUGCUGUUGACAGUGCUGGUCAUAAUACAUCACGUAGUUUUUUAGAAUGCUUAAAACUAAUCAGGCAAUUUUCUCACUGGAAAUAUGCGAUUUUACUUCAGAAUAAUGAUAUUCCAUUGAAAACAAAUCGAGAAAUGGUUGAAAUUUUAACUGCUUUGAAUGGUAGCAACGAUAUCAACGUUGGAUAUCCUAAUGUAGAUCGUGUGCCCAGUGAUGCUCCGUGGACAUUCCGUACACUUCAACUUUUCAAUGAUAACAUUGAAAAUGAUGAACGAAUACUGCGCUUAGCAAAAGGUAGCACGUCAAUAUCACUAAGUUAUGCAUUUGUACAAUUUAUCGUUGAUAAGCUAAAUCUAACAAUUUUACUUGAUAAACUUGACAGCUUGCGUUAUGGUGGCGAUGAAAUGCUAUUCCCAUCAUUACAUUCUGAGGAUUCUUUAGAUGCACCAGGUGGAUUUACGAGGAAGUGUAUAGAUGCUUACAAUAAUAUGAUUACCAGAUAUGUGAUAUGGAUGACAUCAGCAAAACAAUGUAACAGUAAUUAUUAUCGACAUAAAAUUUGUAUAUUGGGUAUUGCAGAUUUACCAACGAUAGCUGCUUCUAGAGCUUUGUUUGCGAACAAAAUGCUUCCUGAAUUUGAUUAUUCAGUAAUUGGUUGUUGGGCUAAUAAUCUUUAUAACAGAACUUAUGCUAACUCAAAAUUAGCAUCAAUCAAAGUUAACGAUUAUGCUAAUCGUUUACCAGUUCGAUUUCACAAACAACGAAUACAAUGGCGAUCAAAUUUAACAACUUUUAAUUGUUUUUAA